AUGCGCUUUUAUAUCUUGGCCCUGCUUCCGCUCGCGUACUCCAGCAUAAUCCGCAUUCCCUUGAAUCGCCCCUCGUCUUUUAAUGCCGAUUACUACAGGCACCGCAUGAUGGAAUGGAGGGGCACCGAACAGUGGUUGCCGCCGGCUCGAAAACGCCCCUCGCGUAUCUCCAAGAAGCCCCGGAGCGAUACUACCGCCGUUGAUGAAGACAAGCCGAAAGCUGCGCCAGAGUUCGGGGAUAAGGUUGUCCAGCUGUACUCAGCUGCCUUUCCCAGAUCCAACUCGCUUGUCCUUGUCGUCGUCUGUGCCGCCGUAUUCACCGACAUCUACUUGUACGGACUCUUGGAGCCCGUGCUGCCGUUUACCCUACCGAGCGGAUUGGGACACCGCAAGGCCGAGUGGCAAAAUGGACGGCAUAUUGCUCGCUCUGUACUACCUCGGCCUUUGUCUCGGGAGCCCCAUCUUAGGCCUCUACGCCGACUACACGUCCUCGCGACAGCUGCCUUCCUCAUCGGCCUGCUGGCACUCGCCGCCGCCACGCUGCUGCUCUGCCUGAGCAAAACGAUGGCUCUGAUCGCCGUAGGCCCCGUUCUCCAGGGCGUAAGUGCCGCCACUUGCUGGGAAAUUGGUCUGGCUCUGCUCGCGGAUACCACCAAGGACAGAAUGGGAUGGGCGAGCGGGGGGGCUGGGGAGUGGAAGGGCGAUGAACUUGUCGGCAACACAGGGGCCUCGUUCACGCCGGAGACUCCGGCAGACAAUGAGAACAGGAGAGACACCCGAGGCGAUAAGGCAGGACAUGUCGCAGCAUCUGAAGCCAGCGCAAGAACAAGCCUUCCCACCACGUCUGGCACAGGGUGGAAGACAAGCCCCUGCGUGUCGCUGGUCAAAUCCCGCCGUCUGUUCGCAGCCCUUGCCGGCUGCAUCAUGCAGUCGGCUUCCAAAUUCGCCCUUUGCGCCGCCUCUCCACCGUUCGUCCAGGAAACGUUCCACUGGAGCUCGCUGGCAGCCGGCCUUGUAUUACUGUGUAUUUUCCUCCCUGGCUUCUUCUCACCCGUUAUCGUCGCCAUGACCGACCGAUACGGAACACAAUGGCUCACCUUUGCCGGGUUCAUCUUGUCGAUUCCGCUCCUCGACUGCCUGCGUUUUCGCGUCGCUCUGAGUCUGUCCAGCACGCCGUUGAUGGCUGAGACUACCUACGUCAGCGAAGCCGAGGAAAAGAGACAGCUGGGCGUCUGGGGCGUCAAGUGUGUCUAUGGAGCUGGGUUCGGGCUCUUUACGACGUCCUUUGCCCUCGGGGGCGUCAUUGGGAGCGUCAUUGCAGGCUACUUAUACCAGAGUCCCGGAUGGAAUACCUUUGGUUGGGCGUUUGCCGUGUGGUGCGCGGGAGGUGCUAUCAUCAACGCUUUAUUCGUAAGGAAACCAUUUCCGGAGAGCAAGGUGGUUCAGUAA